AGUUUGCACGUGUGUUUCAGCACAGGAGAGAGAGCGCGCGCGCACCUCACACACAUUCGCACUCGUUUGCACCCCCUCAUUAUCACCCCUAUCUUCAGAAAACCAACGGCAAGGAAAAGAUUCACAUAUCAGCAGCUGUGAAAGUAACAGCAAAGCAAAGAACGAAGAAUGGACCAUAACAGCAAAUCAAACUUCGACUUUAGCAGCGCCCCAGCUGUGCAGGGAGGCGCCGACGGUGGCGUCCCCCCACCCGCCUUCAGCAGCGGCGCACCCGAUCCAAACGUGAACUUCGGCAGCGCCGCCGCGCCAGAAGGGCAAACAAUACUGGUAGACACGGUGGACCACGGCGGCUACAAGGGCGUGCAUCCCAUCGCGGCCCUGUUCCACGCGGUGUUCAAGAUCGCGGCCGUUCUUGUGUACAUCUUCGGUGGCACGUUUGGGAUGAGCUACGUUGUGCUGCUCGUCGUGACAAUCCUGCUGCUCGCAGCGGACUUCUGGACGACGAAGAACAUUACCGGGCGCAUUCUGGUCUCCAUGCGCUGGCGAAAUGAGGUGAAGGACGAUGGAUCGACGGAGUGGCUGUUUGAGAGCAGCCCCGAGGCGGACCAGCGCGUCAACGCCUACGACAACUGGUUCUUUUGGGUGUUGCUGAUUGGUAACUUUGUGGCGUGGGUGGUGCUGCUGCUGCUGAACCUUUUCACGCUCAAGUACCUGCCCAUCAAGCUGGCUGCCAUCACUCUUGCGGGGGCGAAUCUUUACGGUUACUUUAAGUGCCGGCGGGACGCGCAGCAGCGGCUGACCAACUUUAUGCUGACGCAGGCGGUCAACCGACCGCAAACGGCGGGCAGAGUGGCCUCUUUCUUCAUGGGCGGUGGUGCCAGUGGCCCCCCGGCUGCUGCGCCGGCUGCGCCGGCUGCGCGGGCGUAG